AUGUGUGUACACAAUAAUGAAAAGGUGGAUAAUUAUUAAUCAUAAUAUAAUGAUCAACAGUAAACAUUAGAAAAGAAGAGUGAUGGCAGUAAUGCUUUGAAGAUUAAGAAUAGAGAAAGUGAAGAAAUGGAAUGUAAAAAUCAAUUUUAGAGUUAAGAUUGCAUUCCCUUAAUGUCUCUGAUAAAAGUAGUUUAUUUAACUCCAAAAUCCUUUAUUAUCAUAGAGUAAAUGACAGCAAUCGAAAUUCUCAAGGAAUUUAAAAUCAAAUUAGACUAUGAAUAACCAAUUCCUUUAAUUCAAUUGAUCGAGCAUGAAAUAAGACUACGUUUUCGACCAGAUUUAGCCAAGUAAACAAAAUGUGUCGGCGAUUUGAGUGAGCAAGUCAUUGUUGAUGUCAAAUCAACUGCAGAAAAUGAUUUUGAUAAGGAUAUAAAUGAGCAGACUAUUUGA